AUGGGAAUUGAGGGAGGGCCGCAGAGCCACCCCGACCCUCCUGUAUUCUCCACACCCUGUCUCCUGAUUUCCGCCGUUGCCAAUGUCCAUGGUACGCUCUGCGUAACAAAGUCGGACUUCUCCUUCGAGACAGACCCUCUUCACGAGCAGAAUAAGGAGAUCGAUGAAGCGGUAGGUUUCUUUGUUCAAAUAUUUGCCACCCUUCUUCUCCUGGUCUCCUUUUACUCUCUUACGCCCGAAUACGUUGGUGAGGAUACUUUCAGUCGGUAUUAUUUUCGUCACCUGAAAAUGUUGGCAUGGAAACAAUGCUGUUGA